AUUUUAUUCACAUACGAAUUUCUAAAUUUCCAAUGUGUAAUUUAUAGUCUUACAAUUUUCUUCAUCCUUACUUGUUCACUUCGCUGGACUUUAAUACCUUAUAGCGGACUGGAGUACUGGGAUCUGGAACCAUAACUAUGAUGACCAACCGUUAUGAAUGUUAUGAAAAUAUGCUGUCUAAAUUCCGGAUUAAAGACUUACAAACAUUAUUGGGAGCUUUUGGUCAAAAUACUUUAGGACGAAAACCUGAAUUAAAAGAUCAGGCACUUGAAUUAUUAAGAACUAGAUCAACUGGCUUGAACCAAGCUGCAUAUGUAGCAAAAAUAUCUGAACUAUAUUAUCUAUCAUCUCCUGAAACUGUAGCCCAAAUCAAGUUCAAAAAAUUACCAUUUUAUGAGGUAAUUGACGAGGUUCUUCAGCCGACUUUUCUAGCUGGCACUGACAAGUGCACAUUACAGAACGUUCCUAGAGAUAUGAAAGAAACGCAAUUAAAAUUUUUUGUGUCACUUGAGAAUGUCAAUCUUGUUGCCAUGAAUCGUGAUGUUUCCCCAGGAAAAAAUGAUUAUAUUUAUCAAUUCCAGAUUCGAAUUAGUCAGUUAGUGGAACCUAUGACUAAUGAGGUAACAGAUUUCAUGCCUCUUGGACUACAAAUCCGGUUUGGUGCGAAAGCAUGUCCAUUACCACCUACUGCUCCUAAUACUCGGCCAGGAGCUGAAUCCAGACGAUCUCCAAGACCUAUAAAUUGCACUCAACUUGUCAAACUUUCUCCAGUCACUCCCAACGUGAUCUGUAUCAAUUGGACUCCUGAUGGAAAAAAUUACGUUAUGUCUAUUUAUCUGGUAAAAAGAUUAACUUCAGAAACCUUGAUACAAAGACUUCGAGAUAAAGGAGGUAGGAGUUCAGAACAGACCAAAAACUAUAUAAUUAAAAAAUUAGCAGAUGUGGAUCCAGAUUUGGCCACCACAUCGUAUCGAUUUUCCUUGGUGUGCCCAUUGGGUAAAAUCAGAAUGAAAAUGCCUGCCAAAUCUAUCCAUUGUGAUCAUUUACAAUGUUUUGAUGCUUGCACAUAUAUAUUGAUGAACGAAAAAAAGCCUACUUGGAUGUGCCCUACAUGCAAUAAGCCCUGUUUGUAUGAUGACAUACAAAUAGAAAACUAUUUUUUGAAUGUUGUGUCUAGCCCAAAUUUAAAAGACAGUAGUAAGGAAAUUGAAAUUUUAGCUGAUGGCACAUGGAUAGUUUAUGAAGAAAAGAAAGAGACGAAAACCGCAAAUAGUACUCCUGAUGCAAAAUUAAAACCUAUUGAUUCUGUGGAUUUAGAUAGCGACGAAGAAAAAUCCUUUGAUAUGAAUGUAGAACACCCUGAAACUGAAACUGUCAAACACCAAGAAAAUGAAAACUUAAGCUUUGUUGAUUUGACAUUAAGUGACAAUGAAGAAGAACCACCAAAAGAAAAAGAUAAACAGGAAAAUGAGGCACAGGCCGCUAAUGCUAUACAACCAGUUACUGUAGUUGAUUUAAAACCACAAGAUCAAGUACAGCGGCAACAAGCUGUUACUAGUUCUGAGCAAGGAGUAGUAAUUGAAAUAGACAUACAAGAUAAAAUUAAUUCUUAAAAUGUUAUAUUUAAUAAAUGUUAAGAUAAUAAUAUCCUU